AUGGGAAAAGGCGAGUCAAGGCAAGAUAAAAGAUGGGAAAAGCUGCUCUUUCCUUUAAUUUUCACCGGAAUGAACGGCAAAGUAGACAUUGAAGCUAAUGUGGAGGGCGGCGGCCCUUCUGGCCAGGCCGGGGCCAUCCGUUGGGGCAUCGCAUGGGGCCUGAGGAGCUUCGUUGAUCAGGAGACGAUUGAGAAGAUGAGAUUGGCCGGCCUGCUCACCAGAGACUACAGAAGGAAAGAGAGAAAGAAGCCCGGACAGGAGGGAGCGAGAAGGAAGUUCACUUGGAAGAAACGCUAA